UUUUACACCCGGUCUUUAUGUAAUUUUAUAGCCAGUUACCCUCAGUGUCGGCGUUGUUAAUUAGAUUAGAUUAUUCUCUAGUGUUGCCAAAUGGGUAGUAGUAUCACAUCAGUAUUCAACAUAGUUAGCUAGCCAGGGAACACUAUUUUGCUAACUCAGGUGAUAGGCCAUCGACUGACAGGAAACAAGCUAACGGAAUCGAUAACGUCAACCGGUCGGGUCCCCCAGUCUGGUGUGAACAAACAAGGAAACUCGUCGAGAUUGAUUUAGUGUCAUCAUAUGUUGACUGAAAACAGGAAACGACAGCGCAGCGGUGGUGAUGAGGAGAGUGGCCACCUGGUCCCUCAAGCCAAAAGGCAGAGCAGAGCUCAUCCGCUCUCUCCUGAGCCAGGCCGGGAUGCCUGGGACUCUGAGUCGUCCAACAGCGAGAGCAGCAGCAGCAUCAGCAGUCCAGAGCAUGCAGCCGGGAGUUGUGGCAGCCAGUGCAUCGUGGGCCCCUGCAGUCCCCUCAGCUCCGGUGACCCCUCAGAACUGGCCGGCCCUACGAGCCUGGCGUCCUACCUGCAGAUCAACCGCAUCCUGAAGCAGGCCCACUUCCAGAGCCUGCAGAGCCGAUGUCAGCUCAGAGACACAUGACGACCUAAUGUCUCCCUCUGUCAGCCACCAGAGGACUGAGUCCCUGAGGCGUGCCAGAGCACCACACGCUGAUUCACUUCACUCAGCUCUUCCCACCCAUCUCCAGUUACUGUGAUAUCUCGCAGCUCUACAUAUCUGUGGAUGGAGACCAGCUCCUGGUCAGGUAUCUGGAGGGGGUCCAUCAUUCAAAUAAAUCAAAAGUGAUAAUCAUGUUAGCAAUAAUAACCGUGUGAUCAGCGUAAACAUUUUUUGUGAUCCACUUGAUUUCUGACCAGUCUGGUUUACAUGCUGCUCUCAGAGCCUUAUUGUGACUGAGUGAUGAUGACGACGAAUCCCCGUGUUUUGUCUUUAAUGUAUGAAAACAGUGCUACUGCAGCUGCAGGAAUGGCACCAAACAAUUUUUAGGCCGGUCAGUGUGACUCGUUUAGUCUGCUAGUAGGGUACUUGGGUUGAUUAAUGCUGAAUCUGAUGUCUGUGUGAGUACAUGGACCAGUCUCAGGGAAGAUUUGCACUUGUCUUGGACUGCUCAUUUGCUUUCAUAUUCAGACAGGGCCUCCUUUACAGGGACCUGUAGAAGCCAUGGGUGGCAACUUAGCUGACGAGGUUAUGUUUUUUGUCCUUGUUUUGUUAGUUUAUAGAGUACCUAGAUUUUAGUUAAACUCAGUGAAGAGUCAGGAAUACGUGAUCUGGUUUGAGCGUGGUUUACAAUUUUAAAAUGAUUUCAUAACACUGCAAGAUGUGGAAUUUUUAGGACUUUUCCACAUUUUCCAUCAACUACUGCACUUAAAAAACUAAAGUGGCACAUUUAUCCUGUAUAUAACAAUUGCAUACAGUAUGUUUAAUGUUCCUAAUGCAGAUUAAGAUCCUUAAAGCAUAGCUGAUUAGUAAAACAUUGUGCAGCCUUGGCAGUGGUGUUCACAGGUGCUGCUUCCCAGCUGUGUUUCAUUUUCAUUAUCACCUAAGUUUAUGAUCUCAACAUAACUCGUCCUGUCUUCUCAUGAUCACUGAAUAAUAACGCUGUAGAUGUGACAUGGGGAUAAUUAUCUAUAAUCAAAUGUCACUGCUCACAUUUGACUUCAGAAUCUAACACAUUUAUUGUAAACUAAUGCAACUACAACCAAAGGAAGAGUCUGUGUAAUGUUACUAUGAUAGAGAGUGAGGGUGCACCCGUGGUUGUCAGCAGUUAUGUAACAGCAGCAAAAUGAUCGUGCAAAGCAAUGUCAAGUAGAGAUUGCCUUAUCUGUAUUGAUUAUAGAUAAUUACAACAUCUGGCGUGGCUUUUCUAAUAAUCAUGAGAAUACAAAUUGACUCAUAGCAAUAUUGGUCAUGAUGACAAAGCCUCUGGUGUCGAGAUCAUGAGAGAAACAUUUAGAAUAUUUCGAUUAUUAUGACAUUAGGAGAUAAGUAGAGCAGUUAGGGUUAUUUUUGUUUCUUGUGAUCAUAGAAAAAUAUAAUGAUCACAUCACCAGCGUUCUCUCGUGACCACAAAAGCAAAAUGAUGGCUACACCCAUGAACCCUACAACCUCCCGUACUCCUUUAGGCUUUCUCAAUCUUCUAUUGAUUGUAUGGAGCGCUGUUUGAUGUGGCAUUUGAGCAUGUAGGAAAAUGUAGUUCUUUCUGUCUGGAGGUUGCAGUUCACUCUUUAGGAACAAAAAGACAUUCCCUAGGCUUUUGUUUGCAAUAUUACUGGAGCCACUAAAAUGCUGUUUUAAUUGCAGAUGAGCCUCUCUACCUGUGCACUACCAUUUCAAGGUUGCUGUAUGCGUGUCCCUGUGCACUGAACAUCCAGGUACAAACACUGACCAUAAGGCUGUGCAUCUCUCCUGUUACUUAGAGCAGGAUUGGUUUCAUCGCUGAAGCCUCAUCCCAGGAGUAAGCUCAGCUAUUUAAUUUCUUUUAUUUUUCUCAGACUGGUGUGUCAGGAAUGAAAGCAUUUUGAAGAUGUGUUUUUUUUUUUUAAUGAUAUAUUUUUUUGUAUUUGGUAAUGUACAUGACAUUAGCCUGCCAUUGACUUUUUUUCCUUGUAAAUACUCCAUUUCAGAAAUAAAAAUUAAUGUUUUUGAA